GAAUUACUUGAAGAAGAUAGCGAUUCUAAUAAAAAGACAUCGAAAAAAAAAUCUAAAAAAUUAAAAACUAAUCAUGUACCAAAGGAAUCAAACCUUACUUCUAAUAAGAUCAAAUUGGCUAAUAUCAUUUUACAGAUUUGA